AUGGUCUGGACCACCCCCUCUCGUGCACUCGGCGUGAUGCUGAGCUGCAUUGCCUUGCUCCCCGCGCCGGCCACCGCGGGCCACCAUCAGCACGACCACCUGCACCGACGCCAGCAUCACCACCAGGGCUACAGCGUCGGGCCCCCGAUCUGGCAGACCAGGCCGCACGACAGCGAGACAGCUGCAGCGACUGUGGCAGCGACUGUGGUAGCGACCACCGCGAUCCAAUCUGUGAUCCCGUCCGCCACUGUCGUCGCAUCCUCCGCAGCAGCGGCCGCCUCUUCCGCGGCGGCAGCGAUCAGCAGCCUGAAAGCCCAGGUCAUUAUUCCGUUCUAUGUGUACCCGGAUCCCGGCAAAUGGACUCCCUUGUUGGACCUAGUCGCAUCCUUCCCCGACGUGCACUUCACCGUGAUCAUCAACCCCAGCAGCGGUCCCGGCACCAGCACCCUCCCGGACGCAGCUUUCCUAACCGCCGUCCCGAGCCUAACCGCAAACUCCAACGUACUGGCAAUCGGCUACGUCCCGACCGAAAAGGGCACGCGGGCGACCGCCGACGUCGAGAAUGACAUCAACACGUACGCGAACUGGCCCAGCGCGUCGGGCAACAGCUCGUUCGCGGUGCACGGGAUCUUCCUGGACGAGGCGCCCAACGCCUACAGCGCGGACCUAGUCAGCUACUACACGACGCUCUCGAAUCUCAUCAAGAGUAAAGACGGGCUUGGACCGGAGAACUACGUGGUCACCAACCCCGGCACCCCACCAGACAACGCCUACCUCGACCUAGCCGAUUCCACCGUGGUCUUCGAGUCGCCGUACUCCUCCUUCCAGGACGCCAUCAGCACCGGCACGUUCAGCAAGCUCAACGCCUCCAGCCACACCAAGCUGGCGUCCAUGGUCUACGGGGUGCCCGACACCGUGCAUCUGCCGACGCUGCUGACGCAGGUGGGCAAUAUCUCCGAGCAGAUCUUUUUGGGCAAUACGAGCUCGUAUAUGGUGUAUGAUACGUAUAUGAAUUCGGUGGUGCCGGCGUUGUUGGAGUUGGUUUAG